GGAAGUUCUUUUCCAAAAUGGCGAGAAAGGACACGUGUCUUUUGACAAAGGGGUUGGCUGUUUUUUGCCUUUUCGUGCUCUUCUCUGCAAGUUUUGUCCAUAGUGCUGGCAAAAUCCUUGUGCUAGUCGAUAAUAUUAACACGCAGGAUACACAUUCGAUUUUUUUAAACUCGUUAAAAGAUAAAGGUUUUGAGGUGAAAAUCAAACUAGCGGAUGAUGCAGCCCUUAGCCUAAGCAGAUAUGGAGAAUUUUUGUAUGAUCACUUGCUGUUGUUGUCCCCAUCUGUUGAAGAAUUUGGAGGCUCUGUAAGUGUGAGUGCUAUAACUGAAUUCAUCGAUGCUGGCCGCAAUGUUCUUGUUGUUGGAAGCUCUGAUAUUGGGGAUCCAAUUCGAGAACUUGCUGGUGAAUGCGGUGUUGAAUUUGAUGAGGAAAAAACAGCUGUUAUUGAUCACAUCAGCUAUGAUGUCUCAGAUGAGGGUGAACACACCAAGAUUUUAUCAGCUCCUUCAAACCUUCUUAAAAGUCCUCUGAUUGUUGGACAAGCCCCAGCAGAACCACUUCUUUUUAAAGGUGUUGGAAUGACUGUUGAUCCAGACAAUCCUCUUCUCUUGGAAGUGCUAACAGCUUCAUCGUCGUCAUAUUCCUAUCACAUUGACAUUCCCAUAUCAGAAUACCCUCAUGCUGUGGGCAAGAGCACCUUGUUGAUCACAGCAAUGCAAGCUCGAAACAAUGCUCGUGUAGUGUUUGCCGGCUCUUUAGAUUUCUUCAGUGAUGAAUACUUUCAAUCAUCUGUCCAGUUUGCAGUUACAGGAGGAGCAAGAUUUUCUAAAUCUGGAAAUCAGCAAGUGGCAACAUCCCUUGCUAACUGGGUUUUCAAGGAAAGUGGAGUACUUCGCGUAGGGGAAGUAAAACAUCAUCUUGCAGGAGAGACAUCCCCACCUGCUGCAUAUACUAUUGGAGAUGUUGUUGUCUACACAAUUGAGAUAGAAGAGCGUGUCAAUGGAAAGUGGAUCCCAUUCAAAGGAGAUGAUGUCCAGAUGGAAUUUGUCAGAAUUGACCCAUUUGUUCGUACCAAAUUGAAAAGGAAAGAUAACAAGUUCCAUCUUCAGUUCAAACUUCCUGAUGUCUAUGGCGUUUUUACCUUUAAAGUUGAUUAUGAACGUGUUGGGUAUUCCUUCUUGCAUAGUCACAGACAGGUUUCAGUUCGACCUCUGCAACAUACACAGUAUGAACGUUUCAUAUUCUCUGCCUAUCCUUAUUACACCAGUGCAUUCUCCAUGAUGGCUGGGUUGUUCUUUUUCUCUUUCGUUUUCCUGUAUCAUCGUAAUGAAAGCAAGACCAAAGAAGACUAGGAAAAGUGUACAAUUAAAAAACUUUGUGUUUAAAAUAAUUUAGCGUAAAAGAAUGCUUUUAAUAAACUGUUUUUACAACC